AUGGUGAUCACACAGCAAAACACAACUAUGAAGCUGAAUGAAAAGGGUGAAAAGCUUAGCUCUGAAGAUGAAGGCUCUGAAAAAAAUCAGAUUGACACCUCCUAUGAGGUCCAACAAAAGAAUUUUACAUCUAAGGCUCAACUACGUUCUUCUCAUGAUCCUGACAACCAAUUUUAUGAUGAGGAUUUGGAACAAGUACUGAAAGAGCUGUCUGAGCUACGUUUUUCGUCUUCCUCGGCAGAAUGUGAUACAGAAUCUCGGUCAAGCAAAAUCAUCGAAAAGCAGCAUAUUCAGCUCAAUGGUAUACAGUUGAUUUAUCAAUUUCUUGUGUGGUUGAUGUCUAUCACUACUACAUUCGUUUCUCCAGCUCAAACUGAUGUAGCGGACUAUAGUGGAGAGGCCAAAAUAAGAAAAGCUCAAACCGCUGCCAUCAACAAUUAUAUCCCACUAAGAAGCAUUUUGACUUAUUUUGCAGACCAAAUUCCUCCGUCUGUCGGAAGAGUGGAAGUAACUCAUCAGAAGCAACGUAAAGAUUUUGAAGAAAAAACAAAAACCCAAAAGUCCAUUCCUAAUGGAAACUAG